AUGUCGUCAAAAAAGCGGAAGAGGGAUAUUGGCACUGAGCCAGGGAAGACCACCAUACCGAGUGAGCAAGCGGCCCGCCACUUGUCAAAGAAGCGAAAAAGAGAAGUGGACGUCGAGCUUGUCAAAGUCUACAAUGAUCUUGCAGACGAGCAGGAAAAUGUCCGCCUGGCGGCCGCCCACACCUUGCUGACCAAAGCAUACAAGCCUGGAGUCACCAGCAACGAGCAAACCAAGACGAUCUUGACCCGACUGUUUCGCGGCCUUUGCAGUAGCCGGAAAUCAGCUCGCCUGGGCUUCUCGAUUGCUCUCACCGAGCUCCUCUCUCAACUCGCGUCUACUCGAGACUCAUUGCAAAAUAUACCUGUAUCGGCCAUCAUCGACAUCUUUGAAUCUCAAAGUGCACCGGAGAAAGGCACUUCCGGUCAAGAUGAGCGCGAUCAUUACUUCGGGCGAGUCUUUGGUGCGGAGGCCAUCUUGAAGUCGGAUCUUCUCUUUCAGAAAGGGAAAGAAACCCAUUUCGAUCACUUACUUGAGCUGCUCUGCAGCCUAGCUCACAAGAAGCCAUGGGUUCGGCAAGAAUGUGGCUGGGUACUAUACAGCUGCAUCGCGCACGAACACAAUAACUUGCCGGAGAAUCUAGCAGUGCAUUCGCUUGAGAAGCUGAUCGCCGAUAAGCUUAUACGAACGCCCGAAGGAGUUGCUAUAUGGAUUGCGGUAACAAGGCGGUUUCCCAAGGCGAGGCUGCCCGUAUCGGCAUGGAAGAGCCGUGACCCAUUGGCGAGAAAAGAUGUCAAGGUUCUUGCUGAUAUUCUCAAGGACGCACGGGCCCAGCAAGGCCCGCAAAGCUCAGAGUUGAGCGCUCAAGGCUCAGCUAGAUGGUCCGCUAAUCUUCACUUUGCCUGGGAUGUGGUUCUUGCAGAAGUCUUCAGGAAUUCACCAGGCACAGGGGAGAAGGGAGCUAAUGGCAAGAAGCCCACGCCUGAAGGUAAAAAGCUCGCAUUCGAUGAGUUCUGGAAGACUGUCGUCGACGAGAGCCUUUUCGCGGAAUCAGCCAGCGCGGAACGCAGGGCUUGGGGUUUCGGCCUGUGGAGGAAGGUGUUUGAAACAGCGCCUCGGGAGGUUUUGCUCUACACAUUCACUCCACAAGCGACCCGGCGCCUAGCUGAUGCACUCAAAGGCUCAGAGCGGCUUCUUAAGAAGUCCGCAGAGAGAGUGACUCAAAGCGUUCAACGCCGGUUAACAGAUCCUGCGCCCUGGCCCGAUGCUGGGAUUGUCGCCGCUUCUUACAUGCAGGCUCUGCUGCAAAGUGUCUCCUAUGGCGACUUUGACCAAAUGACCAAGUCCAAAACUCUGCACAACUUGAUUGACGCCGUAGGCCCAUUUGUGCUUGGCCAUGCCAACUCCGCCCUUGACAAGCUCGUGACAGAGAUGUCUCCGAAAGAAGACGGCAAAACCACCUUAUCUCUACAGAAAACGGUGGUUGCGAUACAGUGGAAGAUGGUUUCGCUUAGGCUUCGACAAUGGGAACAAGCGCAGUGGACAAGCUCGGGCGAAAUUGAAGAAGAUGACUGGACUCUGGUUAUGGGGAUAUUCAAGUCAUGGCUUAGAGAAGUCUGCGUCUCAUCAACUGCAAUCAAUUCCACCAAGACGCUCGACUUUCAACUAAUUCUCCAGCCACAGGCUCGCCAUUUUGCGAAAGAACGUCUCGAUCUAGGCUUCGAGCAAGCACUCAAGCUUGGAUCGCUCGGGUCCCAGGUUUUGCAAACUGUUCUUUCCCAUGUCCAUCAUCUAGAGACCCUGGGAAUAGACAUGGCCACCUCCUUCGCCGAUGAUGUCCAGGAAAUAGUGCAGACCGCCUGGCAAAAACUGUCUGCUACUGCGCGGGAAAGCAGAGAGACCUCAGCGGCUGAGCAGACUACCUCGAUUUUACGGACAAGUCAAGCCCAGGUCCCAUCAUUGUCGUUCUAUGAAGCCUUGCGACUGCUGUAUUGCAUGCUGCUGUUUCAAAUAUAUAGCGGCGAGACGGAGGCAGUCCAACUCUUACAGGAGGUGCUUGAGUAUCAUGGUCAAUGGGAUGCGAGACAGCCCAAUGGUCAGUCGCCUAUUGACAGAAGAGAACCGGCGGAUGCGUUUGUGGAAAUCCUCCUCAGCUUCGCGUCUAGACCAUCCAAGUUGCUGAGGCGCAUUACAAUCCAGAGUUUUGAAGCUUUCGCGCCGAAUCUUACCGGCGAUGGCCUCGAAGCUUUGUGUCGGGUUCUUGAAACAAAAGAGAAUCUGUUGGGUCAGCAAGAGAUGUUUCAAGCCGAAGAUGUUGACAUGGUUGACGGCGAAGCAUCCGACACGGACUCAAAUGUCGACGGACUCGAUUCUGACGUGGAAGUCGAGUCCAAUCCAGCAUCCGAGGGUUCUGACAAGGACACGGACAACGAGUCAGGCUCGGACGAAGAAUCCGUUGGUGAAGAGGAGGAUGAGGAACUUGCAAAAUUCGAUGCCGCGCUCGCUUCGGCCUUGGGGACCCGUAGCCUCAACCAGGAUGACCUCGCAGCUGCAUCAGACACCUCGUCCGACGAGGAUAUGGACGAUGACCAGAUGAUGGAGCUGGACAUGAAGCUCGCCGAAGUGUUCCGGGCCCGCAACGAGCAACAUCCGAAGAACAAGAAGAAGGAUGCAAGAGAUGCCAAGGAAAACAUUGUGAAUUUCAAGAACCGUGUCCUGGACCUCAUCGAUUCGUACUUCAGGCACCAGCAGCAAAACCCCUUGACCAUCGACUUGCUCCUGCCGUUACUGAAACUUGCAAGAACGACCCAUAUCAAACAACUGGCUGAGCGCUCUUGCAAUAUCAUUCAGCAAUUCUGCUCACGGUGUAAAGGACCUAAUGCUCCUGAGCUUCAGUCUGGUUCUCAAACACAACAUGCAGUUGACGUCCUUGGGUCGCUUCACGAGGAAGCAGGCUUUGAAUCUUCAAAUGCGCAUUCAAAUGUGGCCAGUUUGUCCAGCAUACUCGUUGUGAAGGCACUGGUCAAAGCCGAUCAAGCGAAUACUAAGACUGUUGUCGACGUGUAUGCUUCUACGAGAGUAAAACAGUUGACAAGUAAGAAGUGCCGGAUACUACCUGGGUUCUUCACAGACUGGAACAAUUGGUGUCAGACUGCUAGAGAAAAGCUGGCGAGGUGA